GGGGGAGCAGGGGGGGCGGUCCCGAUCCCCAGAAGACGUUGCGCAAUACGCGGCGGCCCGUAUAUAUAAGGCAACAACCGCGACAGAGCACAGGGUAUUUGUGAGCUCUCCACUUCAAACAGCAAUCGCUUUUUCGAAAGGGUCCUGAUUUAGAGGAGAACACGUCGCUGGACACGUGCAGGACGUUGGCUGACCCGUGUCCCUUUUCUCUCCCCCCCUCUGAGGUAGAAUGCUGCGGUACGUUGUGGCCCUCUGUCUCCUGGCUCCGUCCUGGGCACAGGACUGCCAGGUGGCCAACAUCCAGGUCAUGCAGGACUUUGACAAAACGAGGUACACGGGGACGUGGUACGCCGUGGGAAAGAAGGACCCGGAAGGUUUGUUCUUACUGGACAACAUCCUGGCCACCUUCACGAUCUCCGAGGACGGACAGAUGACUGCCACCGCCGAGGGCAGGGUGAUCAUUCUCAACCAAUGGGAACUGUGUGCCAGCAUGUUCGCCACCUUUAUGGACACCCCUGACCCCGCCAAGUUCAAGAUGAGGUACUGGGGGGCUGCAUCUUACCUGCAGACUGGAAACGACGACCACUGGGUGAUUGACACAGACUACGACAACUACGCCAUCCACUACUCCUGCAGGCAGAUCGACUCCGAUGGCACUUGCCUGAACAGCUACUCCUUCAUUUUCUCCCGCCACCCGACCGGCUUGAGGCCCGAGGACCAGGCCAAAGUGGUCCAGAAGAAGACGGAGCUCUGCCUGCUGGGCAAAUACAGACGCGUCCAACACACCGGCUACUGUGAGUCCAGCCAAUCCGUCACUCCAGGCAUCAUACUGGGCUCGUGAAGCAGCACCAAGGCAUGCGGGUUCGGGCUGCGGACCACCGUUGGGGGGGAGGGCCCGCUCGGCCCGGACCGGAUCCCACCAGAGCUUUCCUCUCCUCUCCCCUUUUUUUUCUUCAAACGUAUUCAACAAUAUGUGAACCAUCAACUGUAACAUUAACAAGCUGUACAUAGAAACAAAAAGUUUGUUGCCACUGUCCCCAAAAAAGGUCCCAGUUGGAGGAGGAGACUGUGGGCCUGUUCAUAUUUUAGUGUUAUCCUCGAUUGCUGAAACAUGGUUCCUUAUGGAAACUAGUGGGACUUAUUCACUGUGAACUUAGUGAGUCACAGUGAACAAACAUACACAUCAGAUCAUUGAAGAGCAACUUCAAUCAGUUCCAAUAUAUAUAUAUAUAUAUAUAUAUAUUGUACUGCAGCUCUGGACUAUUAACACCAUGUUUACCACAAAACCAGGUACACAUGUCAAUGACUUUGUUUUUACACUGAAGGUAAUAAACCGUCAUACGUAUUUAGCUGUGUGUUAUAUGGGCAUAGGCGUUUAGUUUGGUACUUCAUUAUUUGAUGUAUACUUCUUGAUCUAGUUUUGAAAUAAAACAUCGAUAACA